AUGCAGCAGGCAGCGGCAGCAGCAGCAGCACCACCACCACCACCACCACCACAGUCGGCGACAGAGGGAGAUGCGCCGCCGAAGCAAGUCGCGCAGGCCUUGGAGCGUCUGGGGCAGGCGAGCCGCCUUAUCGCCGACAUAAGGCUCGGUGCGGAUCGAAUGCUGGAAACCCUCUUCUUCGUCGCCUCGGAACCAUACCACCAGCAAUCCUCCAAACCCCUCAAUUUGAUCCUCAAAGAAGAGUCCUCUAUGCGCCAGCAUCUCCUUAACCUCCGCAUCCUAGGAACGCAGCUAGAGGAGUCUGGCGUUCUGAAUGAUUCUCUUCGUUCACGAAGUAAUUCUUGGGGCCUCCACAUGCCUUUGGUAUGUCCAGAUGGUGCCGUUGUUGCAUAUGCAUGGAAGCGCCAACUUGCUGGCCAGGCUGGUGCCUCUGCAGUUGACAGGACCAGGUUGGCUCUCAAGGCUUUUACCGAUCAAAAACUGCGAUUCUUUCCCCACCUUGCUGAUGAUUCUGACUCGGAACCAGCUACAAAGAAACCUCGUGUUCCCCUGGUAUCAUCUGCAAACCUCCAAGAAGAGCUAAGUGAUCAAAGGACAGUAGCUGAUUUUUUGUCGCAUUUGGAAAAAGAAGUUCCACAUCUCAGAACAUCUACUUAUCAGCGGUUGGAUUGGUUAAAGCAAGCUUUCUCACUGCCAUCUUCUGCAACCCAAAGCAACAUUGAGAUGUUGAAAGAUCAUGGAUUUCACAGUACAAACCAAUUAAGACAAGGAUCUGCUGACCUUGUUGCUGCUGAUAAAGUAGCUGUGAUUGAGUUGUUCUUUCCUUCAGUUUUUAGAGCCAUAAUAUCAUUACAUACAGCUGGUUCCAUGGAACCUGAUGCAGUGGCCUUCUUCUCGCCGGAUGAGGGCGGAAGCCAUAUGCAUGCAAGGGGUUUUUCAGUACAUCAUGUAUUUAGGCAUGUCACGCAACACGCUUCUAUGGCUCUGCAGUAUUUUGUGAGUGUGAAACCUGAAGCGGCCUUGCAUCUUUUAUUGGAGUGGAUUUGCAGUUACCGGAGUUUAUUCACUAAAGUUUGCAGCAAAUGUAAGCGGGUGCUGGUGAUGGACAAACAGGAAGCUUUGUUAUUACCUCCGGUCAGGCGUCCUUAUCAUAAUUUUUCAAAGAACUCCUCAGAUGACAUUCAGACAUUCCAUAUUGCCUGCUUUUCAGACAAAGAAUAG